GGACCCGCUGGGAGCCCCGCCCCCUCCCCUGACCCGCAGGGAACCGGGUCAGUGACUUGGCCACCGGUCAGGCUCUCAGGAGCCACGUGAGAACUGUUGUGGGACUAAACCAGCUGCGUUUUGGGGAGAGCAGAAUUCUUCGCUAGGAUUUCCUUUCAGUGAAAAAAAACUGACUUGGAAAGGAACCCGGGGAAACACUACUGGUGGGGUGUUUGCUCAUCCCCACCUGCGGGUCACCUUGACCGUGUUUUGAUUUUAGCCAUGGAGAACAACUCCGACACCUGUGCAGAGGGUGCCUUCUGUCUGGGCUCCACCUUGCACUCCUGGGGGCUGCAGCUCAUGGAAGAGAACUUGCAGUCGUCUAUGCUCAUCGGGGUUGUCAUCGGGGCUGCCCUGGUCCUCGUCAGUGGCUGCAUCUUCUUCAUGUACAGAAGGGUAAAACAGUCUCGACAGCUGCAGCCUGCCGCUCCACAGUACAGGUUCCGCAAGAGGGACAAGGUGAUGUUCUACGGCCGGAAGAUCAUGAGGAAGGUGACCACCCUCCCCCACACGCUUGUAGAGAGCAGCGCUGCACCCCGGCAGCGGGUGAAGAAGAGGACCAAGGUGCUGUCUCUGGCCAGAAGGAUCCUGCGCUUCAAGAAGGAGCACCCUACUCUGCAACCCAAGGAGCCCCCACCCUCCCUGCUGGAAGCGGAUCUCAGGGAGUUCGACCUCAAGAGCUCUCGCCUGCCCUCGGAGGUCCUGUACCUGCUGCAGAACGUUAGGGUCCUAGGCCACUUUGAGAAGCCACUGUUUCUGGAGCUGUGCAAGCACAUGGUGUUCGUGCAGCUGCAGGAGGGCGAGUACAUGUUCCGGCCAGGGGAACCGGACAACAGCGUGUAUGUGGUACAGGACGGCCGGCUGGAGGUCUGCAUCCAGGACACGGAUGGUACCGAGGUGGUGGUCAAGGAGGUCUUGGCAGGAGAUAGUGUUCACAGCCUCCUCAGCAUUCUGGACAUCAUCACUGGCCACCCUGCCCCGUACAAGACAGUCUCUGCGCGAGCGGCUGCCCCUUCCACCAUCCUCCGACUGCCGGCUGAUGCUCUGCGAGGCGUAUUUGAGAGGUACCCCGAGACCCUCGUGCGCGUUGUGCAGAUUAUCAUGGUGCGGUUGCAGCGGGUGACCUUCAUGGCUCUGCACAACUACCUGGGCCUGACCACGGAGCUCUUCAACCCCGAGAGCCAGGCCAUCCCCCUCGUAUCUGUGGCCAGCGUAGCCAAGAGGCAGAUGUCUGGGGGCCUGGACGAGCGGCCAGAGAAGCCACUGAGGCCUCAGGAGGCCCCUGACUCAGAUGGAGGGGGUACCCUCGUGGUGGGCUCCGGGCCCCUACUACGGAGGAGCCUGUCUGUCCCACUGCCAUCUGCCUAUGAGGGGCUUGAGGUCCCUGUACCGGACGAGCUCUGGAAGGCUGUGGCUGGUGGCCCCAGCCCUGCGGCCCCAUCAGGCAGUGCAGUGGGGGCCUGCUCAGACCUGCAGGUGGCCUGUGACCGCAGCCGGACAUUCUCCCACGCGGACGAGCAUGCCGGGAGCGCUGUGGCUGUCAGGUCCAAGAAAAGUGUGAUGGUAUCUGAGACCCCAUCUGCGGUCUUCCACUACUCAGAGAGCCACUCGGAUGAGGCUGUGGCCAGCAGGAAGACGGAUGCCAUUUUCAGAGCUGCCAAGAAGGACCUGCUCACGCUGAUGAAGCUGGAUGAUCCCUCCAUGUUGGACGGCCGGGUGACACUUCGCCACGUACCAGCAGGCACUGUGGUGUCGAGACAGGGGGACCAGGAUGUCAACAUCCUCUUCGUGGUCUCAGGGCUGCUGCACGUGUACCAGCGUGAGAUCGACAGUGAGGAGGACACCUGCCUGUUCCUCACGCACCCUGGGGAGAUGGUGGGCCAGCUGGCCGUGCUCACAGGCGAGCCCCUCAUCUUCACCAUCAAGGCCAACAGGGACUGCUGCUUCCUGUCCAUUUCCAAGGCGCACUUCUACGAGAUCAUGCGGAAGCAGCCGACCGUCGUCUUGGGCGUCGCACACACCGUUGUGAAACGCAUGUCCUCCUUCGUGAGGCAGAUCGACUUUGCUCUGGACUGGAUGGAGGUGGAGGCUGGGCGUGCCAUCUACAGUGGCCCUGUCUGCCCCUCUAGGCAGGCGGACAAGUCGGACUGCACCUACGUUGUCCUCAGCGGCAGGCUGCGCUCUGUCACCCAGAAGGAUGGGAAGAAGCGCCUGGCAUGCGAAUAUGGCCGUGGAGAUCUCAUUGGUGUGGUGGAGACGCUGACUCACCAGGCCAGGGCCACCACAGUACACGCUGUACGGGACUCAGAGCUGGCCAAGUUGCCUGCAGGAGCCCUGAUGUCCAUCAAGCGCAAGUACCCACAAGUGGUGACUCGGCUGAUCCACCUCUUGGGAGAGAAGAUCUUGGGCAGCCUCCAGCAGGGAACUGCAGCAGGUCACCAGCAUGGGCUCACCAUGGCAGGCAACCAGUGGGACGUGGGGAACCCAGCCAGCAACCUUGCCACAGUAGCCAUCUUGCCGGUGUCGGAGGACGUGCCCCUGCCCGCCUUUGCCCUAGAGCUCCAGUACGCCCUGCGCACCAUUGGCCCUGUCCUGCUGCUGACCAGUGACAACGUAAAGCAGCGCCUCGGCUCUGCCGCUCUGGACAGUGUCCAUGAGUACCGGCUGUCCAGCUGGCUGGGGCAGCAGGAGGACACCCACCGGAUCGUCCUCUACCAAGCAGACAGCACCCUGACACCCUGGACCCAGCGCUGCAUCCGGCAGGCCGACUGCAUCCUCAUCGUGGGCCUGGGAGAGCAGGAGCCCACCGUGGGCCAGCUGGAGCAGAUGCUGGAGAACACGGCCGUCCGUGCCCAGAAGCAGCUGAUCUUGCUGCACCGAGAGGAGGGUCCUGAGCCGGCCCGCACGGUGGAGUGGCUCAACAUGCGCAGCUGGUGCUCCGGACACCUGCACCUGUGCUGCCCGCGGCGCGUCUUCUCCCGGAGGAGCAUGCCCAAGCUGGUGGAGAUGUACGAGCGUGUCUCCCAGAGGACGCCCGAUCGGCACUCGGACUUUUCCCGCCUGGCACGGGUGCUGACCGGCAACGCCAUUGCCUUGGUGCUCGGGGGCGGGGGUGCCAGGGGCUGCUCCCAGGUGGGCAUCAUCCGGGCCCUGGCUGAGUUUGGCAUCCCUGUGGACAUGGUUGGAGGAACGUCCAUUGGGGCUUUCAUGGGGGCUCUGUACUCUGAGGAACGGGACUACAGCCGGAUGCGCAUCCGGGCCAGGCAGUGGGCUGAGGAUGUGACGUCCAUGGUGAACACAGUGCUGGACCUGACCUACCCGAUCACCUCCAUGUUCUCUGGUGCGGGCUUCAACAGCAGCACCCGCAGCGUCUUCAAGGACAGGCAGAUAGAGGACCUGUGGCUGCCCUACUUCACCAUCACCACAGACAUCACUGCCUCAGCCAUGCGGGUCCACACAGAUGGCUCCCUGUGGAGGUAUGUGCGCGCCAGCAUGUCCCUGUCUGGCUAUAUGCCCCCCCUCUGCGACCCCAAAGAUGGACACCUGCUGAUGGAUGGGGGUUACAUCAACAACCUCCCAGCGGACGUGGCCAGGUCCAUGGGUGCAAAGGUGGUGAUUGCCAUUGACGUGGGCAGCCAGGAUGAGACGGACCUCACCAACUAUGGUGACUCCCUGUCAGGGUGGUGGCUGUUAUGGAAGCGCUGGAACCCCUUGGCCACGAAAGUCAAGGUGCUGAACAUGGCGGAGAUCCAGACACGCCUGGCCUACGUGUGCUGUGUCCGGCAGCUGGAGACGGUGAGGAGCAGUGACUACUGCGAGUAUCUGCGCCCCCCUAUCGAUAGCUAUGGCACACUGGACUUCAGCAAGUUCGACGAGAUUUGCGAAGUGGGAUACCAGCAUGGGCGGACGGUGUUUGACAUCUGGGUUCGAAGCGGUGUGCUGGACAAGAUGCUUAAGGACAGGCAGGAGACGAAGAUAAAAGCCUGUGAUGUCCUCACCUGCCCCAAUGCCUCCUUCACGGAUCUUGCGGAGAUUGUGUCCAGGAUUGAGCCCGCCAAGGCAGCCACCGUUGAUGAUGAGUCUGACUACCAGACAGAGUAUGAGGAGGAGCUGCUGGGGGUCCCCAGGGACACAUACGUGGACUUCCAGAGCACCCCAGCUGAGGAGGACUCGGACUCGGAGUAUGAACCCUCACUCCGGCGGCACCAGCACCCCGGUCUGGCUUCCCCAACAUCGUCACAGGACCUCUCCCCACCCUCAUUCUCUGAUGAAGAUGGGUAGAGGCUGUGUCCCAGAUGCUGGCCUCUGUCCAUGGCCUGUAAAGCCCCACGACAGCCUGGGAGCAUGGGUGGAGGCCCAGGCCAGCACUGUGUCCAGCCUCUCCCCCCCUGAGCCGUGUCUCUGGGGGCUCCCCUUGGUCAUCUCUGACCGCAGCUCCUGGGGCCUCUGUCAGGCCCUGCUCCCCAGCAGCCUGGGGCGUCCUGAGUCCUCCAGGACUCUGUGAGGCCUUGGAACCUUGAGGCUUCCGCCCAGCACAUUAAAGAGAUAGAAGUGAGUUGUGUGUCACCGCCUGUUCCCCAUCUGGCUGGCCGGUCCCCUAGAGCACCUGGGUCUGUGGGUUACAUCCCUGGGGUGGUGGGAGUCGUCCGGACCCACUGCUGAGGCCAAGAGCCUUGGGGCAGCUCUGGGCCUUGCUGCAGGGCGCUAGGGUCUGCGAUGGGGGCCGAGGUCCCUCCAAACCAAGGACUAGCCAGCCCCGCACAGUUCACCCCGUGUUAAAAUUACACACACUUUAUUAUUUCUACAUCACGCAAACAGCCCCGGAGAACCCCCUGUAUAAGACCAAGAAUUACAGAGCGUCCAGUGGUUUCGGAAUCGGGGUGGUCCCAGCGGGUUCUGGGGGUGAGGGACGCACCGUGGGGUGUGGUCUGCGAGGAACGGGGACCCUGGACGGAGGGCAGGAAGACCCCAGACUCCAGGGCCGCGCAUCUUGCGGUCAGCAGACUGCUGGCCUCAUUUUCCCCUCGGGAAUCUGGUUCCCCUCCCCCGCGCCCCAGAGGAGCCCAGUCCCUGACGUCA